CAGCCGCGGGCACGGCGCUCCCGGGAUGAAGCGGUGCCGCUCGGACGAGCUGCAGCAGCCCGAGGAGGAUCCCGGCGCCGCGGGGGAAUCGCCCGGUCACGGCGUGAUGGAGGGCAAGGCCGGAGAGGCGGCGGCGGCCCCCGAGGCGGGCGCUGUCCCGCCGCCGGCGCGCUCCAAGCCCCCCGAUCUGAAGAAAAUCCAGCAGCUCUCCGAGGGCUCCAUGUUCGGCCACGGCCUGAAGCACCUCUUCCACAGCCGCCGGCGCUCGCGGGAGCGGGAGCAGCAGCAGAGCUCCCAGGACGCGGCGCCGCCGGCGCUCGGCGCCUCGGACCACGACUCCCCGGACGAGAAGGAGCGCUCCCCGGAGAUGCACCGCGUGUCCUACGCCGUGUCCCUGCACGACCUCCCCGCCCGGCCCACCGCCUUCAACCGCGUGCUGCAGCAGAUCCGCUCGCGCCCCUCGGUCAAGCGCGGCGCCAGCCUGCACGGCGCCGGCCGCCGCGCCAAGAGCGGCUCGCUGGAGCCGCAGAGGGGCAGCCCCCACCUCGGGCGCAGAGCCCCCCAGGACGGCGGCCUGGCGGCCGUCCUGCACCAGCACCAGGGCCGGCCCAGGUCGUCGUCCACCACGGACACGGCCGUCCUGCUGGCCGAGGGCGGCGCGGUCUAUCUGCUGGCCGAGGACGGCGAGGGGCUGGCGGAUAAGGUAGGGACGGGGCUGAGGGGAUAA